AUGUCGUGGCAAGCUUACGUUGACACCAGCUUGGUCGGCACCGGCCACAUUGACAAGGCCGCCAUCAUCAGCAUCGCCGGUGACAGCACGUGGGCGUCGAGCGCCGGUUUCACCCUCUCCGCCACGGAGAUGAAGGUUGUUGCCGACAUCGUUACCGGAAAGUCGGACGUCAAGGACAAGGCCUUUGCCGAUGGUCUGUUCAUCGGCGGCGAGAGAUACGUCAUGGCCCGUGCCGAGGAGGGUGCCAUUUACGCACGAAAGGGCAAGGAGGGUAUCGCCGUCGCCAAGUCUACCCAGGCCAUCCUUCUCGGCCACCACGGCGAGAACGCGCAGGCCGGCAGCGCUACUCUGGCGGUGGAGAAGCUGGCAGACUAUCUCGUCAGUGUGAGCUACUAA